AUGUCGGAAGGCAUAGUAAACGCCAGCAACAGCAGGCUGCUAUUUCUCCCCGAUGAGCUUCUCCAAAUCAUUCUCUCCCUCGUAGACCACCCAACCGAUCGCCGCAACGUCGCUCUCUCCUGCUCCCGCCUCCGCCGCCUCUCUCGGCGCACGCCACAUGCGCUCCGACUUGAGUUCUACUCCAGGUCAAAGGCUUCGAAUCCGCGAGAAUGGCUGAAAACGUUCGACGAUUAUUCGAGGGUAUUUACCCACGUGAAGGAUCUGACCGUGGAGAUUACCCGUGGUCUCGGGAAUCAGCUGAUGGCGGGGAUCGCAGCGGGCUGCCCGAAAUUGAAAAAACUGAAGCUGGUGGUGGCGGCUUGGGAUAGUUUCAACGUCAACGGUCGAGCGUGGCGGAAUCUCGCGAAGCAAUGCCCGCUCUUGGCUUCACUGAAGCUGAGUUCGCGUAUCUCCUACACACGGCAGCCGUCACUUCCGCCCGUGCACCUAUUCCCCUCACUGCACUCCCUCUCUCUCCUCUACGUUCCCUCAGACUACCUCUCCAUCCCCCACUGCUCCUCCCUCACCUCUCUCACCCUCGGGGCCCCCGAAUCUUCCACUCUUUCCUCCCUCGCCUUCUCCUCCUCCUCCCUUGUCUCCUCCUCGUCCUCCUCCCUGGAGUCCUCCCCCCCAUCCUCUCUCCGCUCGUCUCUCACGUCCCUCACGAUCCACUGUGCCGAACUUCAGGGCGCCCUCGCAUCCCUUGCCUUCUUCCCUUCCCUCGCCUCCCUCUCCCUCCACUCCUGCACCAUCGACCCGUACGAGCUCUCCUCCCUCUCACGCUCCCUCCACUCCCUCACCCACCUCACAAUUCAUUCCUGCCCACUCGUCUCUUCCCACUCCCUCAUCCCCAUCCUACAAGCCAACCCCGCUCUCACCUCCCUUUCCCUCCACGGAACAACCUAUCGUCUGUUCGGACCACAGGGCUUCCGCGCCCUGCUCUCGCACUGUUCCUCCCAGCUCCACUCCCUCAGCCUCGCAGGUUUCCCCUGCUUCAGCCCGGGCGUGUUUGCAGCCUGCACUGCCCUGCGGUCGCUCAGUGUGGAAGGGAUGUCUGAAGUCUCAGACUCCGUUUCUCCGUGCCGGGUAUCAUUGGACGGCAUUGCGGGAAUGCUUGUGCGGGUGGUACAAACAGGAGGAGGGACAGGGGGGGAAGCAGGGGGGGAGGCAGGAGAGGAAGCAGGAGGGGAGGCAGGAGGAGACGGAGGAUUGGAAGGAGGAGCGGAUGUGUGGGAGAGAGGACGAGCUAGUGUUCCUGCAGCAGCUGCAGAGGCGCCGGUACUACCGAGGGUAAGCAACCAGCACUGGGGAAAGUACGUGGAUAUUCGCACAGAGGCAGAGGCAGCACAGGCGGACAAACUUCUAGCAGUGCGUGAGGUUUUCGAUUUCGUCGAGACUGCUACCCAAACCAGUAGAGCCGCUUGUCCGAGCUUUGGGAAGAUCAGGUUCGGGAUCUCGGUGUGCCGGUCCGGCUCUGACAUGAUCCGCGAGUACAAUGCGGCUAUGGAUUGGGAGGAAAAGCUGAUGAAGUCAGCUGCUGCUGUUGCCUGCCGGGCGGCAGGGUACUUUUCCACGGAGGUGAAUGGUGGAGAAGAAGAGGUCAGGGAUGGGGAGGAGGAAGGAGGAUAUGAAAUACUGGACAGCACACCGGCUGAUGAAGCUUUGCCUGAGAGGGUGCUGGGUGGGGAGCGGUCUGGUGCGGUGGAGACACAUAUGGAGGCUAUGCGGAGGCUGGAGGCGCUGGUAGAUAUGCUGCAGGAGGCAGCGCGUGGCAUGUGUGAUAGCUCCCGGACCAUGCGCAAACCCCCUGUUCUUACAGCUGCUUCUCUGCGGUCAGGGGCUGUUGCGGCGGCAGUAGCAGAUGGAAGAGCAACUUUGCAUGGGGUGGGAGGAGUGGCGGCAGAAGUAGCAGAUGGAAGAGUACCAGUGAACAGAGUGGGAGGAGGGGCGCCACAAGGAUUGCAGCAGGCAGAAAGCGCACUAGAAGACGGAGGGCUGUUGGGGCCGGCAGCAGGGGAGGUGGCAACAGGAAAAGCGGCAGCAGGAAAAGCGGCAGCAGAGUUCUCACGCAUUCGGCCAGUGUCCUUCCAAUCCAUUGCUCGAGCGGCUGUUUUUGGGAAGCUCAAGCGGCUCGCGCUGUUGUUCUGCUCAGGGUUAGAGGAGGAGGAGUGGCUCGAAUUGCUUGCCGCAUGUGUUAAGCUGGAGGAGUUGAAGGUGCAACAUAGUGACAAGUUUUCAGAUGCAGUGGUGGUGGGAAGCAGACUUGGAGCGCUCGCUAGCUUGACGGUGAUCAGGUGUGAUAAAGUCACGGCAGCAGGCAUUGGAGAGGUGCUUAGAAGCUUUCCUAGAUUGCGUUUUUUGGAAGUGGAAGUGGGAAAGGUCUUGGAAAGGGCUCGGAGGGAGUUGCUUCGUGCUGGUGUGAUUGUGAGGGGGGUGUGA